CUUGUUUCGCUGACUGGGCGCUCCCCGUGCGUGCUGCGUUCACUCUGCCACCUCCGGCGGCGGUGCUCCUGCUGACAGACUGAAGCUGCUUGACAGAGAGCAGCAGUGAGCGGACCGGACAGAACCGUCAACAUGGGGCUCAGAGUGCUGCUUCUGUCGCUGCUUCUUGCCGUCCAAACCGUAGGCGUUCGGUGCCUGAACGGCGACGAGGACCAGAACCAGGACACCGAGUGUAAGAUGAAGAGCGUCACCGUGUCGGCGCUGCCGUUUCUGCGGGAGAACGACCUGAGCAUCAUGCACAGCCCGUCGGCCUCCGAGCCCAAGCUGCUGUUCUCCGUCAGAAACGAUUUUCCGGGAGACGUCGUGGUCGUGGACGACCUGGAAAACACCGAGCUUCCCUUUUUCGUCUUAGAGAUCUCUGGGAAUUCGGAGGACAUCCCUCUGGUGCGAUGGAGGCAGCAAUGGUUAGAGAACGGGACUUUACUUUUCCACAUCCACCACCAAGACGGCAGCGUCAACAUCCCCGAACCAACAGAGGAUCCAGCCAACGAUUCUGCAAAGGAGGAGCUCCGCAUUCUGCAUAUCUCUGUCAUGGGUGGGAUGAUUGCCCUUCUGCUGUCCAUCUUGUGCUUGGUCCUGAUUCUCUACACCCGGAGACGCUGGUGUAAACGCCGUCGCAUUCCUCAGCCCCAGAAGAGCGCCAGUGCAGAGGCAGCUAAUGAGAUCCACUACAUUCCUUCAGUGCUGAUGGGAGGCCAAGCCCGGGAGAGCUUGAGGAACUCCCGGGGUCAGGGACCAAACUCCAGUGGAACCCUGAGUAUCCGGGAAACACCGAUUUUAGAUGGGUAUGAAUACGACAUUACUGAUCUGCGUCACCAUCUACAGCGGGAGUGCAUGAAUGGUGGAGAAGAAUUUGCCAGCCAAGUCACCCGAACCCUGGACUCUCUCCAGGGCUGUAAUGACAAGAAUAAUAUGGACUUCACUCCUGUGAGUGACAACACCAAGUUAGCUCUCAUGAACAAAUAUAAGGACAACAUCAUAGCAACAAGCCCUAUCGACAGCAACCACCAGCAGAAUACCCUUCUUCCACACAACACCUCCACCAGCCAACGCAAGCGUCUCUCCAGCAACACCCGUGCGGGUUCAACAUUCUUGAACCCAGAUGGGGACUCUGGGACGGAGGCAGACAGUGAGCCUCAACUGGCCUUUUACACCGACCCAAAUCGCAGUCGUCGCCGGAGUCGAGGUAUGAGAAAUGGCAAUGCCAACAGCGCGUGGGGCUCAGGGGCAGGUUCCCCUCGGAGCCCCAUCAAUAAGACCACACUGACUCUGAUCAGUGUCAUCAGCUGUGUGAUCGGCCUGGUUUACUCCUCUCACCUCGCCUGCAGCCUCUCAGUGCGAGUAAUCCUACACGUUCCUGAGCACCUCAUUGCUGAUGGAUCAAGGUUCAUUCUCUUGCAAGGUAGCCAGUUAGAUGCCUCGGACUGGUUGAACCCAGCCCAGAUCUUGCUGUACUACCAGCAGAAUGCCAGCGGGCCCUGGGUCAAUGAGCUUUGUGGACGACGCCUCUUAGACCCUUGUGAGCAUCAGUGUGACCCAGAGACAGGGGAAUGCCUUUGCCUUGAUGGGUACAUGAAAGAUCCAGUCCAUAAGCAUCUCUGCAUCCGCAGUGAGUGGGGACCUAAUCAGGGUCCCUGGCCUUACACCAUCUUCCAGCGUGGUUUUGAUCUUGUGAUGGGAGAACAACCCUCAGAUCGCAUUUUCAGGUUCACAUAUACUUUAGGAGAAGGGAUGUGGCUGCCAUUGAGCAAAAGCUUUGUCAUCCCUCCUGCUGAGCUGGCCAUCAACCCCUCAGCCAAGUGCAAAACGGACAUGACGGUCAUGGAGGAUGCAGUAGACGUACGAGAGGAGUUGAUGAUCAGUUCAUCGUUUGACAGUUUGGAAGUGCUCCUAGAUUCAUUUGGCCCUGUCAGAGACUGCACUAAAGACAAUGGUGGCUGCAGCCGCAAUUUCCGAUGCAUCACUGACCGUAAGCUGGACUCCACUGGAUGUGUGUGUCCUCCAGGGCUAAGUCCUAUGAAGGAUGGGACCGGGUGCUACGACCACCACAUCGGCAUCGAUUGCUCUGAUGGUUUCAAUGGAGGAUGUGAGCAGCUGUGUCUCCAGCAGCUGGCUCCUCUAGAGGAUGAUCCAACACUCUACAACAUCCAGAUGUUCUGUGGGUGUAUUGAGGACUAUAAGCGGGGGCCAGAUGGCAGAUCUUGCUUGCCACUGUCCGAAUCCUGCACUGAGGGCAUUGACUGUGGAGAAGCAGCAGAUAUUCCAGCUAACCAGACUGUUUUUGGAGAUCUUUUCUAUGGAUACAACAACCACACCAAAGAGAGCACUUCUGGCCAGAUCUUAAAGGCCACAUUCAGGCAGAAGAACUUUGCCCGAGGCAUUGAACAGCAGCUCCCAGAUGGGAUGGUAGUGGCAUCGGUGCCAACAGAGGUUCAGUGCCACGAGGAGCUGUCGGACCCUGUGCCCGACCCGGAAUACCUCACAGGUAUGGUAAACUACAGUGAGGUGUCUGGCUACCCUCUCGUUCAGCAUUGGAGUCUUCGCUCCGUGCAGUACCAUGUCAAACUCAAUCAGUGGGUCCUCUCUCAAGCAUUCAGCUCAGCUAUUCAUUCUCUGGACGGGGCGACGCAGCGGAGUGACUUUGUCUCCAUCCUCAGGGAGUUUGGAAACCACUAUGUGCAGGAGGCGAUGUAUGGCUUUCAGGAAUCAUGUACCAUCUGGUACCCCAACAAACAGGUCCAGAGGCAGCUGUGGCUAGAGUACCAAGACAUUAGCAAAGGUAACUCCCCUUCGGAGGAGUCUGAGGAGCGUGACAAGGAACCAAGGACAUUGACGUACCCUGCAUACAUUGCCAGUCUGCUGGAUACUGGGGCAAAACGCAUGGCAGCUGGCGUCCGUAUGGACUGUUCCAGUCAGGGCCAGUGCCCGCGCUCCUGCCACCUCUGCCACAUGAGCCCAAGAGCGGUGAUAGGACGGCAACAGUCUGAACCUGUGCUGCUGCAAAUCACUAAGGCUGCACCCAUCUAUGAGUUGGUAUCUAACAAUGAAACCUAUCAGGCUCUCCAGGAAACAAUGAUGAGCAUGUUGUGGUGUUCGGGGAAAGGUGAUGUUAUCGAUGACUGGUGUCGCUGCGAUUCCAGCGCUUUUGGCACAGACGGGCUGCCCACCUGUGCUCCACUUUCUCAGCCUAUGCUGAAAUUGUCUUACACGUAUGAGCCCAGCAGCUCAUUGGUCAUCAUGGAGUGGAACCACACUGAGCCACCAAUCGGCAUACGCAUCGUUGAUUACCUCAUCAGCCAGGAGAAAGUGACAGAGAGGACGGACCACUCCAAAUUUGAGACAGAAACGCUUUUGAGUUUUGUGGACGACAUCUUGUCUGGUGCUAGGUCUCCAUGUGUGAUGUUAGGAGACAUCCCCAACCUCCUGUCCUCUUCUAUCAGCAUGAUUAUUCGAUGUCUGGAGCCUGAUACCACCUACAUGUUCCGAUUAUGGACAGUGGACAACACAGGGCGUCGUUCCAGUCCCAGCGAGGUCACCAUCAAAACGCCCUGCCCAACUGUGGAUGAUGUGAAAGCACAAGAAAUAGCUGAUAAAAUCUAUAAUCUGUUCAACGGCUACACCAGUGGGAAAGAACAGCAGACUGCCUACAACACUCUGAUGGACCUGGGUGCUCCCACACUGCACCGUGUGCUCUACCACUACAACCAGCGCUAUGAGAGCUUUGGGGAAUUCACCUGGAGGUGUGAGGAUGAACUUGGGCCCAGGAAGGCAAGCCUCAUCCUUUCCCAAUUAGAUGAACUCUCUCUGUGGUGUAAGGGCCUCCUUCAGGAGCCCAAGAUCGGCCUUCGGAGGAUGUCCCUCAAGUUCUUGUCCUGCCGCUACACCGACACCAAGGCGUUUGGUCUGAACUGGGCAGAUAUGGGUCAGGACGUGCACAAGGCCUGUGACGAGCAGACGCUCACUGUCAUGUAUAAUGACUAUGGUGAGCCCAAAGAACUCUGAAGGUACACAAAGGUUCGUGUUACAUUGUGGGAAA